AUGACGUCGCCCGCAGCACAACCCCGCCCCGGCUCGGCAGCAAAUGAUGAUCUCGACGACCUGUUCAAUUAUGACGCAUCCAUGGAUGACAUCUUCAACGAGAUAGACACCAGCCGACCCAGCGGCGAUCACUCAGGACAAGCGAGCAAACAGAACACGACGACUCUGGGCAUUGACGAAGAAGUCACGGUCGCAAAGAAGAGGCAACCGAUUGCGAAACUUGACGAAGCCCGCCUGCUUUCUGCAGCCGGUAUUCCGAGAUUGCGCAGGAUCUCCAAGGAAAAACUCAGGUUCAAAGGAAAAGGCCACGAGUUUUCGGAUGUUGCGCGUCUCCUGAACAUGUACCAGCUGUGGCUCGAUGACCUCUACCCGAGGGCAAAGUUUGCGGACGGACUGGCCAUCACUGAGAAACUCGGACAUAAGAAACGGAUGCAAAUUAUGCGGAGGGAGUGGAUCAACGAGGGAAAACCCAAGCGAUCGGAGGAGAUGGAGACGGGGCUUCAAGAAGGAGAACAGGAGGCUGAAGACACGGGCAUGACCCGUGCGGAUGACGAGCAUCAGGAGACAGAGCCGCGGAGUGACGGUGAGCAACAUCAGGCGAUGGAAGCACAAACCACACACACGGAUGCCGCGCCAAGCCAGUUCGCUGGGGAACCUGACGACGAUGAGUUGGAUGCCCUGCUGACGGAGGACGUCCCUGCCCCUACGGCGAUGCCCGCAACUUCGAGUCAGAGAGCCGAUGAACCCGACGAAGACGAACUGGAUGCUCUAUUUGCAGAAGAAAUGAACGGAGCGCCGGGGAGCGCACCCAUGAGCAGAUCGGGACCGGGACCAGCAUCAGAUUAUCGCAAAUCACCUCGGGAGGAAAACAAGGAUGAUGAGUUCGCAGAUGAGAUGGAGGCCAUGGAGGGGCUAGAGGAUUGGUAG